GAUUGUGUCUCUUUGAUGCUAUGUACAGUACCUGUGUCCACAGAGGCUGAUAGCUCAGGGAAGAGACCCUUCCUAGUUGCUGCAGUGUGUCUGGGGCUGCUCUGUGUUCUACUGGCUGGGAUCAUAGGCCUGUCUGUCUACUAUGAUGGGGUCUCUAGGAGCUUCUUAGCCUAUAAAACCAACUCAUCUGCAGAGAUAGAAAAGCUACAGGCCAGCAACAACAAUCUGACUAAAGAGAGAGACCGGAUACAGACCAGUUACAACACCCUGACUAAAGGGAGAGACCAGAUACAGACCAGUUACAGCGCCCUGACUAAAGAGAGAGACCAGCUACAGACCAGUUACAACACCAUGACUAAAGAGAGAGACAACCUACAGACCAGUUACAACACCAUGACUAAAGAGAGAGACCUGCUACAGACUGAGAGAGAUUUUCUUAACUGGAGGCUUACCAAUCUCCGCUGGCAGAAGUUUGAAUCCAGUUGGUACUUCCUGUCUACUGAGACUAAAACCUGGAAGGAGAGUAGAAAGGACUGUCUGAAGAGAGGAGCAGACCUGGUGAUGAUAAACAGUGAUAAGGAACAGACUUUUCUCUUCAACCUCAAGAAGAGAGUCUGGAUUGGUCUGACUGACUCUGUUAAGGAGGGGACCUGGAAAUGGGUGGACGGCAACCCACUGACCACAAGGUACUGGAAUGACAAUCAGCCUGAUAGUAAAGAUCCUACUGGGGAGGAGGACUGUGUUGAGAUACAUACAGAUUGGACUCCACUUAAGGCAUGGAAUGACAUGUCAUGUGACAGGAAACUCAACUGGAUUUGUGAGAAAGUGUUUUAACAUCACCAUGACAGCGUACUGUAACACAUACAGCAGUUUAUAGUGUACACAACUUUAUUCUUCAUUCUCUCUCUCUC